GGGCGAACCGAACCUCCGCAGCCACCGCCAAGUUUGACCGCGCCGCCGGGGCUGCUGUCGCCCGCACCAUGUCCGCGGCCGCCUACAUGGACUUUGUGGCUGCCCAGUGUCUGGUUUCCAUUUCGAACCGCGCUGCAGUGCCGGAGCAUGGGGGCGCUCCCGACGCCGAGCGACUGCGACUACCUGAGCGCGAGGUGACCAAGGAGCACGGUGACCCGGGGGACACCUGGAAGGAUUACUGCACACUGGUCACCAUCGCCAAGAGCUUGUUGGACCUGAACAAGUACCGACCCAUCCAGACCCCCUCGGUGUGUAGCGACAGUCUGGAGAGUCCGGAUGAGGAUAUGGGAUCCGACAGCGACGUGACCACCGAAUCUGGGUCGAGUCCUUCCCACAGCCCGGAGGAGAGACAGGAUCCUGGCAGCGCGCCCAGCCCGCUCUCCCUCCUCCACCCUGGAGUGGCUGCGAAGGGGAAACACGCCUCCGAAAAGAGGCACAAGUGCCCCUACAGUGGCUGUGGGAAAGUCUAUGGAAAAUCCUCCCAUCUCAAAGCCCAUUACAGAGUGCAUACAGGUGAGCGGCCCUUCCCCUGCACGUGGCCAGACUGCCUUAAAAAGUUCUCGCGCUCGGACGAGCUGACCCGCCACUACCGGACCCACACCGGGGAGAAGCAGUUCCGCUGCCCGCUGUGCGAGAAGCGCUUCAUGCGGAGCGACCACCUCACCAAGCACGCCCGGCGCCACACCGAGUUCCACCCCAGUAUGAUCAAGCGAUCCAAAAAGGCCCUGGCCAACCCCUUGUGAGGUGCUACCCGCCAAGCCAGGGAGGGACGGACCGGACGACGAACUACUCCCAGCGAACAGAGGGACGCGCGGAACCCGAGCCCCAGGAGCCCGCGCCAGCCCAGGAAGCCCGCUCUUCUCUUCGGUCAACUCUGAUUCUCCUCCCCCCGCCUUGUUUCGAAAAGCACAUUGUAGCCCCAGGUCAGAGUCCGCUCUUGUCCCCCUGCAGAGGCAACUCUGCACCGUCUCUGACUUUUGGAGGGAAGGCAAAUGCUUUUUUUUUUCUC